AUGGAAGCAGCGCACAACAGCAUGGCCCUCGAGCGGCUCGGGGAAGCCCUGCGCAGCAUUCCCCCCUUGCAAAGCUCCCUCCUGCUCCUCCUCUGCCUGCUCGCCGCCAUCCACCUGGGCAAGCUCCUCCUGCAGCAGCAGCAGCGCCGGAGGCAGGGCCAGCGCCGGGCGCCGCCGGGCCCUUUCCCUUGGCCCUUGAUCGGCAACGCGGCGCAGCUGGGCAGCGCCCCGCACCUCUCCUUCGCCCGCCUGGCCAGCACCUACGGCGCCGUCUUCCAGCUGCGGCUGGGGCGCUGGCCCGUGGUGGUGCUGAACGGGGAGCACGCCAUCCGCCAGGCCCUCGUCCGCCAGGGGGCCGCCUUCGCCGGCCGCCCGCCCUUCCCCUCCUUCCAGCUGGUGUCGGGCGGGCUCAGCCUGGCCUUCGGCGGCUACUCGGAGCUCUGGAAGCUGCACCGCCGGGCGGCGCACGCCACGGUGCGCGCCUUCUCCACCGGCAGCCCCGCCACCCGCCGCCUGCUGGAGCGGCACCUGGUGGGCGAGGCGCGGGCGCUGGUGGCGCUGCUGGUGCGCGGCAGCGCCGGCGGGGCCUUCUUCGACCCCUCGCACGUCCUGGUGGUGGCCGUGGCCAACGUGAUGAGCGCCCUGUGCUUCGGCCGCCGCUACAGCCACGGCGACGGCGAGUUCCUGCGCAUCGUCGGGCGCAACGAGCAGUUCGGGCGGGCGGUGGGCGCCGGCAGCCUGGUGGACACCCUGCCCUGGCUCCAGCGCUUCCCCAGCCCCGUGCGCGCCGCCUACCGCGCCUUCCGCGACCUCAACCGCGACUUCUACGGCUUCGUCCGCGGCAAGUUCCUGCAGCACCAGCGCAGCCUGCGCCCGGGGGCCGCUCCCCGGGACAUGAUGGACGCCUUCAUCCGCCUGCAGCGGGAGCAGCCCCGGCUGCAGCUCGAGCACGUGCCCGCCACCGUCACCGACAUCUUCGGCGCCAGCCAGGACACCCUCUCUACCGCCUUGCAGUGGCUCCUCAUCUUCCUCAUCAGGUACCCAAAUGUGCAGGCUAAGAUGCAAGAAGAAGUGGAUAGAAUUGUUGGAAGAGACCGUCUGCCAUGUGCUGAAGACCAGCCUCACUUGCCUUACAUCAUGGCCUUCUUGUAUGAAUCCAUGCGUUUCAGCAGCUUCGUGCCUGUCACUAUCCCACACGCCACCACAACCAACACCUUCAUAAUGGGCUACCUCAUUCCCAAGGACACAGUGAUUUUUGUUAAUCAGUGGUCAGUGAAUCAUGAUCCAGCGAAAUGGUCAAACCCAGAGGAUUUUGAUCCAACCAGAUUUCUAGAUGAGAAUGGAUUCAUCAAUAAAGAUCUUACUAGUAGCGUGAUGAUUUUUUCAUUGGGAAAACGUCGCUGUAUUGGAGAGGAGUUAUCCAAGGUGCAGCUGUUUCUCUUUACCUCCAUACUUGUGCAUCAGUGCAAUUUUACUGCUAAUCCAAAUGAGGACCCUAAAAUGGACUUUACCUAUGGGCUGACCAUUAAACCUAAGCCAUUUACUUUGAAUGUUACUCUUAGAGAUACUAUGGAUUUGCUCGAUCAGGCUGUCCAAAGACUGCAAGCAGAGAAAGCAGCCAAUGAAAAUCAGCUGUCAGCAAAUGCCUAA